CCGCGGUGUCAGGUGAUACUCGGCUGUUCGAAGGGCUGUGGGACGGGUUUGUUCUGAAAUAUCUGUGCAUUGGGAGCAACGAGAGCAUCAUGGUGCGUUCACGGGACCGUGUCAACACUUGCGACGUGUGUGAACAAACCUGGUCGGACGAGGGGGAAGAAAAACGAAGCUUAGAACUUGGAGGUCAUGUCGGGUUUGACAGUCUUCCUGAUCAGCUGGUCAGCAAGUGUGUGGCCCAAGGGUUCUGCUUCAACAUCCUCUGCGUUGGUGAGACGGGGAUUGGCAAAUCAACGUUAAUGAACACGCUUUUCAACACGAAAUUUGAGAAUGAAGAAGCCAGCCACUAUGAGCAGGAGGUGCUUCUGCGCGCGCACACGUAUGACCUGAAGGAGAGCAACGUCAACCUCAAGCUAACUGUCGUGCAAACCCAAGGUUUUGGAGACCAGAUCAACAGGGAAGCCAGCUUCAAACCCAUUCUGGACUACGUCGAUGCCCAGUUUGAAGUGUACCUGGAGGAGGAGCUGAAAAUCAGACGCUCACUCUCCAACUUUCACGACACCAGAAUCCACAUCUGCCUGUACUUCAUCGCCCCCAAUGGUCACUCUCUGAAGUCCCUGGAUCUUGUCACGAUGAAGAAGCUGGACAGCAAGGUGAAUCUCAUCCCUGUGAUUGCAAAAGCUGACACAGUUUCCAGGAGUGAACUGGACAAGUUGAAGAUCAAGAUUAUGAGCGAGCUGGUCAGUAACGGAGUGCAACUGUAUCAGUUCCCGACUGAGGACGAGGCUGUGGCUGAGAUCAACUCUGCUAUGAAUACUCAUCUUCCCUUCGCUGUGGUUGGAAGUGUUGAUGAUGUAAAAGUUGGAAACAAGAUGGUGAAGGCCCGACUGUACCCCUGGGGUUCAGUGCAAGUGGAGAAUGAGAACCACUGUGACUUUGUGAAGCUGAGGGAGAUGCUGCUGCGCGUCAACAUGGAAGACCUGCGGGACCAAACGCACGCGCGCCACUACGAACUGUACCGCCGAUGUAAACUGGAAGAGAUGGGCUUUAAGGACGUCGACCCCGAGAGCAAGUCAUUCAGCCUUCAGGAGACGUACGAAGCAAAGAGGAAGGAGUUCAUUCUGGAGCUCAAACGUAAAGAGGAGGAAAUGAGACAAAUGUUUGUCAACAAAGUGAAGGAAACCGAAGCUGAGCUGAAAGAGAAAGAGAAGGAGCUUCAUGAAAGGUUUGAGCAUCUGAAGCGGGUGCACCAGGAAGAGAAAAAGAACCUGGAGGAGAAGCGGCGAGAGCUGGAGGAAGAGAUGAACGCCUUCAAUCGGAGGAAGGUUGCAGCCGAUACGCUGAUGGGUCAAGCUCUCCAAGGCUCCCAAAAUCCCUUCAAGAAGGACAAGGACAAGAAGAACUUUUUUAGUCUUCCGUCUGCGUGCUCAUUAACAUCAGGAAGAAAUAUGAACUAGACUGGACUUUCCCCAACUUCAAAAGACUCACAAACUAACAAUGGAGCGUUUUAUUUUUUACAGCGAAUAAGCCUUUUUAUGUUACUGACCUGUACGUCUAUCUAUGGCAACUACUGAUGUACUUUACUCUGCUAUUGAAGGAGUGUGUAGAAUAGGCUGUGCAUGAUCAUGAAUAGCGAAGCGUCUACAGAGUGACUUUUUCAUGAAGUCUAACUAUAAUUUAUUGACAUUGUAAUGCUGUAUGUUUCUGGCUGAUGGCUAUUUUCACUGUGAAUUAAUCAAUAUAUGACGUAACUGUGUUACAGAACUUAACAUUGCCUAUGUAAUAUGGUUUGUUAGCACUUUAUAUGUAACCAAAUAGAUAUUUUACCCUUCAUGUUACGUUGACUCUGUGCAAAUACACUAUGAAUAAGAAAAGAGAUGUAUAAAGUAAGUAGAGCUAAUAUUUAUAUAUGGUUGAUGAUGUUUAUCAUAUUAUUAAAACGGCUAUGACAUGAAAAGUCUCGUUGUCUAUAUAAGCGAAUCAUAAUUGUUCCAUAUGAGCAGAUCCUCUGUGGCGCAUU